CGCAAACUCACUUCCGCAGUUUAUUGAUGAGGAUGGCUGGCUGCGGGGGAUUGUCAGUAGAAGAGGAAAGGGAAGUGAACAGUUUCCUGGAGAGGGUGAAUAAACUUAGGGAGGAUGAGAAUAAAGAUGCCAUCCCUAAAAACACGGCAGUCAAGUUUCUCAUGGCCAGGAAGUUUGACAAACAGCGAGCAUUAGAGUUGUACCUAAAUCAUGAGAGUACCAGACGAAGAGAAAGUUUGGUUAACAUCUAUCCUUUGGAUGAUUACCUGAAACAAGAAUUAAACACAGAAAAACUCACAAUUCUGCCAGGAAGAGACAAACACGGUGCAGCCAUUGCCUUGUUUACAGCUAGACUCCACACACCUGCUUGUACAUCACAACAACUUGUUCUCAAGGGCCUCAUCUACCAGCUGGAUGCUGCUCUCGAAAGCUUGGAAACUCAAAGACAUGGCCUGGUUUUCAUCUAUGACAUGACAGAAUCUAAAUAUAACAAUUUUGACUACGAACUUAGUAAGAAGAUCCUGAACAUGCUGAAGGGAGGGUAUCCCGCCAGAUUGAAGAAAGUUCUCAUUGUUACUGCGCCUCUGUGGUUCAAGGCUCCAUUCAAAAUACUUCGCCUUUUUGUGAGAGAGAAAUUACGAGAUCGGGUGUAUACAGUGAGUUUAGCACAGUUAACACAGCAUAUACCCAAGGAUUCCCUACCAAGACAGUUGGGAGGCAAUGCCCCAGACACACACGGGUCAUGGCUGCAAAUUUGUGCCAAUGUGUGUGCCAAUCAAAAUGCAGAUAUUGACUCCUAUUUUUUGACAUGUAAGAAAAGUGUUGAACGGAAUUCACGUGGAUCUGUGUCUCGCAGGAGCUUAUCAAGUGAUAUGUCUGACACAUUGUUGAUUAGUGACAUUGAUUCUGAGGAAUCAAAAGAAACUAUUAAUGAAAAACACAACUGUGAGGACAAGGAAAAGGAAGUACAAAUUAAUGGGGAUGAGAAAGCGGAAAAAGAAGUGACAGUCGAAAAAGAGGAUUCUUGUGUAAAUAACACUGGCAAGCGCCGUCGUGAAUCAGAUCCCAUAAUGGAAUCAGGAAGUGUGAAAAAAACUGUUGAUUCAGCCAUGGACUGCAAUAAUUCUGAAACCAAUGACCAAAAUCUAGAGAUCCCAAGAAAGAAACGCCCUCUCUCUGCUAGUUCGAACAACAUGUUCGAGGACUCAGUACAUCGACCUGAAACAGGGGGUCUUAUUCUAGAUGAACUUGCAGAACAUUGUCGGAAUCUCAAAAGAAAAGGAAUGUACCAAGAAUAUGCUUUAAUCAAGUUAGAACCACCUAUGGGCACAUUCACAGUAUCAAAAGCCAAAUACAACUUGCCCAAGAACCGAUAUUCAGAUGUGCUGUGUUUUGACCAUUCACGUGUUCGCCUACCUACGAGGGAGGGUGACCCAUCCUCUGAUUACAUCAAUGCAAACUAUAUGGAUGGCUAUAUGCAGAAACAAGCCUACAUAUCUACACAGGGACCACUUCCGAAGACAUUUGGGGAUUUCUGGAGAAUGGUUUGGCACUGUCAGGUCAUGGUUAUUGUCAUGACAACCAAGGCAAUAGAGCGUGGUAGACUGAAGUGUGGCCAGUACUGGCCGGUGGAGGAGGAUGCCGAGGACACUUGUGACGAGUUUCUCAUCAUUAAUACAGGAACAGAGCAACACCAAGACUACACUGUGACAGGACUCUUCCUACACAACACAAAAACUGAUGAGUCACGCCACCUGACACACCUACAGUUCACAAGUUGGCCUGACUACGGGGUACCAUCCUCAGCAGCAGCAUUCCUGGACUUCCUGCACAGGGUACGGUCCUGCCAAGCUGAUGCCACAGCUCUUCUUGGUAAUACAUGGCAGGGCCAUCCCCUAGGACCUCCGAUGGUAGUACACUGUAGUGCUGGGAUAGGUCGUACAGGCACUUUCAUGACAAUAGAUAUAUGCCUGAGGAAGAUGGAGGAUACCGGUCGUGUGGAUGUCCAGGAGACAGUGCGCAGGAUCAGGUCACAGAGAGCCUUUAGCAUCCAGAUGCCUGAUCAGUAUGUGUUCUGUCACCUUGGACUCAUAGAACAUGCGAUGAGGCAGGGAAAGCUACAGGAAAUCGACUGGACAGGCUUUGACGAAAGUGACAGUGAAAGUGAUUAAAUAUUAAACAAAAGGAGAUGAAAUAUGUUGGUAUAAAAUAAUUGAAGAUUUGAAUAUUUCAGUACAAAAUUAAGGAAAAUUUGAACAUUUCACUUUCAAAGGUCUAAUUUACAUUACAAAUUAGUGGUUCAACAAAAAUGAUUUGCACAUUUCAGGAUGAAUUGGAAUAUUUCGAAAUAAACCAGUGAUUUGGUUGAAAACCUAUCUUUGAAAAUUAUCCAACUACAAUUUUUAUUAUCUUGAAAAUUAUACAUUAAAAUUACUAAAAGCUCUAGAAACCUAGUUUAAAAUAAGAUGAGAGCUAUAAAAAAAAAGUUUGGAUAUGAAUUAUAAAGACUUACAAAUAGGAUUCAAUGAAGGAAGAACAAAAAUUAUCAAGUUAAAAUUUAGGCACAUAAGUUGCCCUAACUAAUUAACCAAGAAAUUCUGUGUGCUUUCAUCAGAGUGUUCCUGUGUCUUUUAUUCAGUAUUCAUUAAAGCUCACCAGGGCAUGGUGUCGGUGUAUUCGUGACAGAGAUUGGGCGAUAGAUUUAACAAUGAGGGGCUUUUGAGAAAGCUUUUUGCUAUUUAUGUAGUGAGUGAAAUUGUAACUGUGGCCAAGUGUCAAACUUGUGUUGAACUGUGGAAUUGUGUAAGUCUGCACACUAUUCCAGCAAGCAUAUGGUUAUGGAAUGACAAUGUUGCUCAUACCUUGCCUUUGGAUCAUUGUAACAUCAGUCAUUGUUGAGUUAUUUGAUCAUUGUGGAAUUUCACAAGUCAGCAACUUUGUGAUAUAUUGCUAGCCUGUAAAUGUGUCUUUGACCAAUUUAUCUCUCAUCUUCAAAAUUUUGUCUUUAUCAGGGUAAAUUUUGUGAGAGAACAGUAGUUUAAGGUUAUAGUCAAAAUAAGUCUGCUGAUUAACAGGCAUAGAAUAUCACUGUGCGGUAGUUUUUUAAAGACCACUUUUUCCAGACUCUGAAGUAAAGUGCUGAAUUUCCCUACCCUACCGUAAAUGCCAGCAAAAAGUAAAGUGCUGAAUUUCCCUACCCUACCGUAAAUGCCAGCAAAAGUUUGAUAUGGGAAGAAUCUAUGGUGAACAAAUACAUUAUCAUAAAUCCCACUGUAAACUUCACAAUCUUUUAACUGUCACCUUGCCAUUGACGUCAGUUUCAUUAUAACUGAGAUAUAACACGAUAUUUUCUACACUUAAUUUAUUGAUAUUACAACAUUUUAGUGUCCAUCACAUUGUGAUUGAUACACUCUGUGACAGCGUUUGUUUCCUGGUAUAUAUUAUUUAAUACAUAUUUAUUAGAUUUAUUUUGUAAGUAAAUGUACCUUUGCUAUUAAUAUACACAACAAAACCCAUCUGUAUUCAAAUACAUUGUUCCACCAAUUUGACAUUGUUUCAUGAAAAAUCGUACAAUUAUUUGCAAUGAUAUGAAGAUUCUGUACAUUGGUAUGGAUAAUUUGUGAAUAUGUAAAGGAAGAUUUUGUUAUUUGUUUGUGAUAUUGUAUGGAGAUUCUGUACAAUUGUAUGCUAUAUAUCAUAAUUUGUUUGGGGUAUUUUACAUUUGUUCAGAAAUUUUGGACUAGUGUAUGGUAUGUAAUAAAUUUGUAUGGCAUGUCAUACAUUUGUAUGGAAUGUAUCAUUCAUUUGUUUGGGACGUCAUACAUUUGUAUGGGAUGUCAUGCAUUUGUUUGGGAUGUCAUACAUUUGUAUGGGAUGUCAUACAUUUGUUUGGGACGUCAUGCAUUUGUAUGGGAUGUCAUACAUUUGUUGGAAUGUAUCAUUCAUUUGUAUAGCAUGUUAUACAUUUGUAUAGCAUGUCAUACAUUUGUAUAGCAUGUCAUACAUUUGUAUAGCAUGUCAUACAUUUGUUUGGAAGAACUUCUUCAAAACCAGUCAUUUAAAAGUCUGUUUUCAUGGAUCAUUUACUGUAGAUGAAGGUUGCCAUAAUUGUUUGUAUGGAUAAUAUCAUACAUUUGUUCGGGAUGUCAAACAUUUGUUUGGGAUUUCAUACAUUUGUUUGGGAUUUCAUACAUUUGUUUGAGAUUUAUCCUAUAUUUAUAUGGCGUGUCAUUUAUUUGUUUGUAAUUGUAUUGGAUGUCAUACAUUUAUUUUGAAUGUAUCAUACAAUUCUAUGGCAUAUUGUUCAUUUGUUUGGAAUGUAUUUAAAGUGAUAUGUAGAUUUUCUACAUUUACAUGGCAGAAUGUACAUUAAUUUCUGCUUCUCUACCAGAAUAAACUGGAAGCAGUUGUGAAUCUUCUGUUUGAAUAAUGGCUCUAAAUGGUGUACUGUAUGGCCAUAAGUGGUGCAAGGUAUGGCCAUAAGUGGUGUAAAGUAUGGCCAUAAGUGGUGUAAAGUAUGGCCAUAAGUGGUGUACUGUAUAGCCAUAAGUGGUGUAAAGUAUGGCCAUAAGUGAUGUAAUGUAUGGCAAUAAGUGGUGUAAUGCAUGGCCAUAAGUGGUGUACUGUAUGGCCAUAAGUGGUGUACUGUAUGGCCAUAAGUGGUGAACUCUAUGGCCAUAAGUGGUGUACUGUAUGGCCAUAAGUGGUGUACUGUAUGGCCAUAAGUGGUGUACUCUAUGGCAAUAAGUGGUGUACUUUAUGGCCAUAAGUGGUGUAAUGUAUGGCCAUAAGUGGCGUACUGUAUGGCAAUAAGUGGUGUACUGUACAUGUAUGGCCAUAAGUGGCAUACUCUAUGGCCAUAAGUGGUGUAAUGUAUGGCCAUAAGUGGUGUACUGUAUGGCCAUAAGUGGUGUAAUGUGUGACCAUAAGUGGCGUACUGUAUGGUCAUAAUUGGUGUAAUGUAUAUAAAUAGUUUUGACUAGCUUUAAAUUGUUUUGUACUAGUCUACAUUGUUAAUAUAUUCUUGUGUAUAAUUUAUAUUUAGAUUUAGUGUAUGACUUUCUGUCUUAAGCUGCUAAUGACAUUUCAUUGGUUUUAUAUUCAAAUUUAAAAAAAUCCUUUUGAACAUUUGUGGUAUAAACGAUUCAUGUAUUUAUUUGAUAUAAAAUACUUCUAAUCUUUCAAUACUUAAUUUUCAAGUUUAUUCUUAUUUUUUGUCAUUCCGUAUGGAGAGUCAAUUGAAAACUUGAAAUAGCAAGUGAAUAUGUUUCUGAGGUACAAUUAUAGGUUGGUUUUCACAGAAACUGGUCAAGUGUUAGUUUUUACUAUUCAAUCUGUUAUGUUAUUGUUUAUCGGGCCAGUAAAGUAUUAUUAGUUAUUAACAUUAUAGCUAUUCUCUUCCGUAACUUAUUGUUAUAACACAUUCAUGUGUUCAUCAUAACUGACCAUCUCUCUUCCUUCUUAAUUAUUGGUUGACCAUAUACAUGUAUUGUAUACUGCUAAUUAUACACUACCCAUCUUUUUCUGUCAUCAUAUUCUAACCAUCUCUAUUUGCACAUAUAUAUAUUGCAUGGCAUAAUCCGUCCGUCUUUCUACCCUUCGCUUAAUAUAUAUGCUUUAAAUCACAAGGUGAAUGCAUCUCAAUAUAAAACAUUUAUAAUUGCAAUUUCAAAUCUUGAACAAGUCAUUGUCUUGAAAAUUAUAUCUUAAUUAAUAUAACUGAUAUCCAGUAUAGUUAUCUCAAGAUAGAGGUUGGUGUUUGAAGUCAGAGUUUAAACAACAUUUUUGCUUGGUGACAACUUCUGACUCGCUUUUAAACUAUAAUACCUAUAUAAUGCCAGACAUUUGUUCCCCUCCAUUUUAAAGGAUUGUCAUUCUACUCGAGAUGCCUUAGGAUGGUUCAUAAUUAAUUUCCAUGAAUAGCUAAUUAAAUGCUUCUUUUAGAAAGCUAUCAGCUAGCUAUAUGACUACAUAAAAAGAUGAAUAUUGUCUUGUCGAUAUAAAUAAACACGUUUAUUUGGAGCAGAGUUAUUUCCCUUCAAUCAGUCUUGUCUUCCUAUCUCUGUACUCUGUUAUCCACAUCACACUCCAAACAUUACUGUGGUAAAAUAUAAUUAUUUGAGGCCUAGCAGUCAUAAUAAUGUUAAAAUUCAAUAUUAGUUUUGAAGUUUUAGUCGGCUCAAUUUUGGGAAUCGUUUUUUAACUCCAAAAGUGUUCAUACAACACCCCUAAUGCAGAAAAAAAAAUAUGGGAAUAACAUAAAUUUUUAUAGUUAUUUGUAAUUUUUCCAAAUGUUUUCUUCCUUAAGGAUCUUAUUUUUUUCUUAAUACUUAUACAUGUUUCAAACUUUUUUUAGAAAUAUAUUUGACUAUCCAUACUUCAUUUUGUUUUAGGUGAAUGGCCUUUGUAUUGAUUUGAAAAAGAGUUUCUUGAAGUUGAUACAUUUUGUUAUGGAUGAUGAUGGACAAUCAUUUACUAUACUUGUUUUCCUGGUCUUUCAAGAGGAGAAAGAUCAGAAUGGCUCUUAUUGUUUCAGUCUGUUUGUAUAUGUUAAUAUAUUUCUGUGCACACAUGUAUUUUAUGUUCAGGUAGAAAUAUGUUAAGCAAAUAAAUGACAUCUGUGUUCAUUCAAAUUAUACAUAACUUAAGAUCACCAUUUGCUACGUAUUUCUCGCUAUGGUUCACAUUUUGGUAUGUGAUACUUUUCUUAUUUCUUGCUAUGGUUCACAUUUUUUUAUGUGAUACUUUUCUUAUUUCUUGCUAUGGUUCACAUUUUGGUAUGCGAUACUUUUCUUUAAAAUAUAUUUCAAUGUUUUAGCAUGUUAGUUUCCUCUUCUUUAUAUUUGUUAACAUAUUUACUCUUGUUUCAUAACAUCAUUCAGAUUAACAGUGUAUUAGAGAAGGUAUUAGUUUGAUAAGAUAUGGUUUUUUUUUUUUUUUUUUGAUAAACUAUUUUAAAUACACUAGUUGUGGUAGAUUAUCAAUUAUUUCCUAAGUCCACUGAUGUAUCAUCUGGAGUCAUGAUGACCUUAUAGGUCUUUCACAGUUAUUAAGCUGGAAUACAGGGAGACUAUAUUGAUAAGGUUCAUUGCUCUCUAGGACUGCUGGUAUUUAUCUUGGUCCAAACAGUUUGGCAAAUUGGACCAGAGUUAUUUUACUAUGUAAAGACUGACCUAGUCAUCUUAGGUAAACCUUGAAAUAGACUUUCAAAUGCUGUAUUAACAUCAUCAGCUAUGUCUAGAUUUAUGCUUGAAAUAUAAUGCUACUCAUAUAAUAGUAUGUCUGUAUGAAUGAAAAUGACUCGGAGUUAUCCAUGCUAUAUAAUUUGUCAUGGUCACCAAGUUGUCAAGGUAAUUAUGUUAUAGUUCGGGUUGAAUAAUUUUGUCAAGGUCACUAAGUUGUGGAUGACACAGUGUUGUUAUAUAUAGAAAUAGUAUUGGCAAGUUACAAUAAAAGGUCAUUUUCAAGAUUUUCCAGUUGCAAUACAAAGUAACCAAAGUGACAAGGUCAUCAGUUUUGUUGUCAUUUCUCAUACAUGGCGUUUAAAUGAUUAUACUGGUGUGAUUUCUGUCAAUGGAGCUGAAGGAUUCAGUCAAAAAGUAAAGAUGACAGCAUUGAAUUAGUGUGUCACUGACUAUACUAUGACAAACACACCAAGCGUUGUAUUUAAAUGUUGUGCAUUGUAUACAGUGUAUUUACAUCAUAUGGUCAACUUAAUCAUUGUUAGCACUUGAUUUGUAAUCAAGAGGCUGUUCAAAUGUUGUUUUUUCAUGUAACAUCCAUCUUUCUUCUCUAUUUAUUUAAUAUUCUUUACUUUUUAUUUGUACACUAUGUACUGUUGAUGAUGCUUAAUUUAUACAGUAUUGAUACUAUUGUUGUAACUGUUGUACUCAAUGACAAUAAAGAUGUAUGCUAAUGUGUG